CUCUCUAUCUGCCUCUCGCUCUUCCCCCCUCCAUUGGCACUUGGAAUUGAGGUAGUAAAGCAAUAGCUUGAUCUGCCAAAAUAUUGACUUCUUCGGGCCGAAGACUUGGUUUCUUGGUUGCAGGGAGUCGGGCAUGGAGUUUUUCGAGGGAGCGAGCACAGUCCGCCUGCGAAGCAUCCACAACACGUACCUUGUGGCGGACGAAUACUCGCAGCACGUGAGGCUCGAUCGAGACGGCUCCUGUAGCGGUGCCCGGUGGACCGUCGAGAUCUUCACCUACAUUGGCGACCGGCGCCGGCUCCGCCUUAGGAGCUUCUACGGCCGCUACCUCGCUGCUCACCGCACGGAGACCGCCUUCCUCAACCUCACCGGCAAGAAGGUGUUCCAGGAGGCGCCCCUUUGCUUCGGCCCUCGCGUCAACUGGCUGCCGCUCCGCGACGGCUGCCGCGUCCGGCUCAAGUGCGUCUUCGACCAGUUCCUCCGGGCCAAGGCUGGCCCCCCGCCGUGGCGCAAUUCGGUGACGGUCGACACCCCGUCGUUCCCCUACACCCGAUAUUGGAUUCUGUGGGACGUCGAAUUACUCGAGACGCCGGCACACCCGCCGGUCUCCCCGGUUCACAUAUGCGGCGGUGCCUCCUACUCCUCCUCCACAGUGGCCAGCGACGCAGCUGCUGCCUCCUCCAUCGUACGCAUUCCAUUCUGCUUCUUGGAUCUUGGAUGUUCUCGACUGCCAUUUAUCGUGUGGUUUGAUGCUGUUCUUGACAUGUGAUGUUGUCAUGUCGUAUCAGACUAUCCAAUACAAGGUAGCAGAUGAUGCUGGUAACGUGGACGAGAGCAGUGGCCGGCGAACGUUGACUUUUGCUGCUGGAGGGAGCAUCGGCAUGCUGAAGA